CUCAGGCAAUCGGAGAUGGAUAACAGAGAGAAUCAUGUUUCAAUAGAGUUGCAGGAAUCGGCCUCGGCUGAGCCGGUUCCUGAUCUCCUCAAACUUAUAACAUCGAACGAAGUGGUCGUUUUUGAUACCAUCAUGCCGGAAAGUGAAACAUCUGUUCCAUCUAAUGGUCAUCAGAGGAAGUUUUCGAUUUCAAUCAGCAUGCCGUCUUCUCCUACAGGAGCUGCCUCUGCAGGCACCAAGAAUGUUUUGGAUGUUGAAGACAAUGGAAAAGGUUUCAACGAUUCGUCUUCGGUCGAGGCUCCAAGCAAACCGAAGCCGAAAGGCGACAAAUUUCUGUCUCAGCCAAUGCCCAAAGGGUCAGUCUUUGGGGAAGCAGCUCCCAACAUUAAGAAGCUCAAGGACAAGAGGUUCAAUUCUUUCAAAACAUGGUCCGGUAGACUCGAAAGGCAGCUAUCGAAUCUACGUGGGAGGCAGGAGUCGGAAAGCGAAUCGGAAGAAGAGUCCACGCAAAAUUUGGGGCGUGAAGCGUUUCCUGUGGACCGAUACUUCAAUGCACUCGAAGGACCGGAGUUGGAGACCUUAAGAGCUUCUGAGGAAAUUGUGCUUCCAGAUGACAAAACUUGGCCUUUCCUUCUUAGGUAUCCGAUCUCUUCAUUUGGUAUAUGUCUAGGAGUUAGCAGCCAAGCUGUUAUGUGGAAAACCCUGGCCACUGCUACCUCUACAAAAUUUCUUCACAUCAGCCUGACUGUAAAUCUCAUCCUAUGGUGGAUAUCGAUCGCUCUCGUAGCCGCCGUGUCUUCCGUCUACCUUACCAAAGUCGUUCUCUACUUAGAAGCCGUUCGUCGCGAGUAUUACCAUCCGAUACGAGUCAACUUCUUCUUUGCUCCUUGGAUAGUUCUCCUGUUCUUGGCACUUGGAGUGCCACCUUCAGUUGCCACAACCCUGCCAGUGGCUCUAUGGUAUGUUCUUAUGACGCCGUUCCUCUUUCUAGAGCUUAAAAUCUACGGACAAUGGAUGUUGGGAGAUCAACGUAGGCUUUCCAAGGUAGCUAAUCCUACAAACCAUCUCUCGGUUGUCGGGAACUUUGUCGGGGCACUAUUGGGUGCAUCAAUGGGGCUUAAAGAAGGGCCUAUAUUCUUCUUUGCAGUCGGGUUGGCUCAUUAUACAGUCCUUUUUGUAACACUAAACCAAAGACUUCCAACGAAUGAAACACUCCCCAAAGAUCUCCAUCCCGUGUUCUUUCUGUUCGUUGCAGCACCGAGCGUUGCUUCGAUGGCAUGGGCCAAUAUCCAAGGAUCGUUCGAUUACGGAUCACGGAUCACUUACUUCAUCGCCCUGUUUCUCUAUUUCUCAUUGGUAAGUUGGCCAAUUUGUUGGUUUAACUUCACUUAUAGGCUGCAUUCUUGGUAUAAGCUAAACCACUUUGUGUACCAUGUUUUGCAGGCGGUUCGGGUUAACUUUUUUAGAGGAUUCAAGUUCUCAUUGGCUUGGUGGGCGUACACGUUCCCGAUGACCAGUGCAGCGAUUGCGUCGAUGAGGUAUUCGAGUGCAGUCACAAGUGUAUUAACUCAGACUCUUUCUGUCAUUCUAUCUGUCGUUGCUACAUUGACUGUUACGGCCCUGCUCGUAACGACUAUAGUGCACGCCUUUGUCCUACGAGACCUAUUCCCCAACGACAUCGCCAUUGCCAUUAGCGACCGAAAGCCGAAACCGCAAAACAGGUGAUUCAAUCUUAUAAGGCACGGCAGCUCAGACCAUGACAUUGAAGCUUUCUUGAAAUUUACAAAUUCUGAGAGCGAGGACAUAGAGGCUUCACUUAAAAUUCCCACUGCAGAAGCUAAUUGAGUGUAGAGAUUUCAUGCAUCUGCUUAGUUUUCAACACUUAUCGGGUUAUUUUUUUCAGAAUCUCGAGCACUCAGACAUGCGAGGAACGUCCAAUUUUGGAGUUUUGAAGGUUUCCUGUGACCAUGUUUGCAGAGAGAAAUGAGUAUUCGUUAGUUGUAAAUUGCAGUGUGUAUGAUACGAUAAAUAAGUUUCUUGCGUUAUUGUUUGAUUUACGGGCUCUGUGAAAUCAUUAUUAACUUUGAGCAUUCAUGGACACUAGGAAUA